AUGGAGGAAGGUUCACCUGGUGUGCUAUUUAAGAGCUCAAGAUUGACGAAGAAAGUCCGAGCGUCGGAGGAUCGUGUUCCUGAGUAUGGUAUGGAAGAUGCUUCCGAUCAUACUCCGAUGCAGAAUUCAGGUUUUGUUGAUGGCCCAGUGAUGGAAGGUAGAUCUGGAUUUGGAUCUAUGAGCUCUAGGGAUAAGUUGAUGGAUACGGUCAAUUUAGCCAAAAAUGUGGGAAUUGAUAUGAGCAGCCUUGAGGCAAAUUACGAUGAUCUCAAUGAUGAAAUGAAUGUUGUAGUUGCUCGUGGGGAGCGUGGUCCAAGCAUCCAGUUCUCUAAACGAGCUAUGGAUCGAUUGUGGCAGUAUUUGGUGAUGCAUAAAUGGAGGCCUGAAUUUUGCCCAGCUACUGCUAAGAUUACUAGGAUAACUGCUUGGAUUAGGGUGUCUGCUUUACAGUUGGAAUGUUUUGAUGUGCGGUCUUUGAAGAGAAUUGGCAAUUUAUUGGGCAAGCUCUUGAAAAUUGAUUCUCUAACCACAUCUCAAAAUCGGGGUAAGUUUGCUAGGCUUUGUGUGGAACUUGAUCUAACCCAGCCUCUAGAGGCUUUUGUCCAAAUUAAUCAAAACUGGUAUAAUGUUGAAUAUGAGGGGCUGCCUGAGAUUUGUUUUCUGUGUGGAAAAUAUGGUCAUAAAGGGAGACUUGAGACUAGUCAUACUACUUAUAAUGGGUUGAUUGAUCGAGUGACCAACCGUUUGGCUUCUUGGAAAAGCAAGCUGUUAUCUAUUGCUGGUAGGGCUACUCUUGUUCAAGCUGUGACCUCUUCCAUUCCCAUCUAUGCUAUGCAAACAGUUAAACUUCCUGCUAGUGUCUGUGAGCAUCUAGAUCGUUUGAAUCGUAAUUUUUUUUGGGGAGGCAAGGAGGAGAAAAAUAAGGUCCAUCUUUGCCAAAGGGAUUUGGUUUGUAGGCCUAAAUGUAAAGAGGGAAUAGGGUUCAAAAAAACUGCUGCAAUGAACCAAGCGUUGUUAUCUAAAAUUGGGUGGAGGGUUCAGAAUAAAGACAAUGGUUUAUGGGCUAAGAUUUUUAAGGCUAAGUACUUAAACGGUGCCUUUAUUUUGGAUUCUCCUAACUCUGCCAAGAAGUCUAGUUCUCACGCUUGGAAAGGUAUUGUUCACGGUGUGGAGCUGCUUUUGAAAGGUAUGAGGUGGAGGAUUGGUUUGGGUGAUCAACACGCUUCUUCUAAUGGUGUUUUCUCUGUUAAGACUGCUUAUAAGUUGUUCUUUGUUGGUCCUUCUUGGCCUGAGUCUAGCUGGGCUUUCCUUUGGAAACUGAAAAUUCCUCCCAAGUUGCAAACCUUUUUUUGGCUUGCAUCCCAAAGUAAAAUCUUGUCCAAUGAGUAUAGAGUGAGGCGUCAGCUGGCUAUUGAUUCUUCUUGUGGGUUAUGUGAUUGGCCUGAUUUCAUACAUUGGCUUAAAGUUAAUCUGCUUUCUAAAGCUAAAUGGGGUGGUGGUCUGCCUUGGUCAGUUGUGUUUGUUUUUACUUGUUGGUACCUGUGGAAAUGGAGGAAUAAGCAUAUUUUUCUCCCUCUUGAUGAGUCUGUUGUUGACCCUGUUAAGACUCCCAAUGGCUGUGAGAGAUUGGGGUCAAGGCUUCUCAGGAGAGCAGCCUCAGCUUGUAUUGGUGCUGGCGGAGUGAUCCGUGGGGCUAAUGGCAAUUGGAUAUGUGGUUUUGCAGUGAAUCUAGGCAAGGGGCAGAUCCUUGAGGCUGAGCUUUGGGGCUUGUAUUUUGGGCUGCAUUUGGCUUGUGAUAAAGGUAUCUCUAAUCUUCUUGUUGAGAUGGAUGUUGUAGUUGUUGUUUCCCUUGUUCAACAAGCUGGUACCUUAAGUUGUCAUCCUUUUGUUGUGUUAAUUCAGAGUUGUUGUGCUCUUAUGAGGCGUAUUGGCAACUGUCACCUUGCUCAUGUUUACAGAGAAAUGAAUGUUGUAGCUGUUCGUAUUGCUAACUGGAGCUUUAACUUGGAUUUUUGGAUGAGGCCCCUACUUGGGUUAGCUCUUUUUUGGAGGAUGAUUUUUUAG